AUGUGGCCACAGUUAUUCUUUUUUUUUUCUGUUCCAGAUGGACGAUACAUCAGGAAUAACACAAAGCAGAAUUACGUUCCUUUCCCAGACGGGGAACAAGAAGACGACAAGGUCACAGCUGGUUCUUCAUUAGUAAACCCCACCAUCGCAGGACUCUACAGAAUUUUCUCAUGCUCUGCCUGUGGUCAAUGUUUUAACGACCGAGCAGAGUUCAGGUCACACCAGAAAAGCCACGCGGGCGAGCGGACUUAUCCGUGUUCUGAGUGCGGAAAAAGUUUCACCCGCAGAGAGAAUCUUAAACUACACCAGAGAUCUCACACGGGGAUCAGGCCCUUCUCCUGUGCCGAGUGCGGGAGAGAAAAUCUCAUCAUACAUCAACGAUCGCACACGGGGCUGAAGCCGUUUCCCUGCGCCGAGUGCGGGAAAUGUUUUGCCCGGAGAGAAAAGCUCAUCUACCAUCAGAGGUCUCACACCGGGGAAAAGCCAUUUUCCUGUUCCGAAUGCAGCAAAAGUUUUACCCGGAGAGAAAACCUUCUCCUACAUCUGAGGUCGCACCCGGGGGUGAAGCCAUUUUCCUGUACGGAAUGCGAGGAGCGUUUUACCGAAAAGGAAGAACUUCUUUCGCACCAGAAGCGUCACAUAGAAGAGAAGCCAUAUUCAUGUUCGGCAUGUGGGACUCGCUUUGACCAGAGAGCCGACCUUGUUUCACAUGAAAGAACUCACGCCGGGCUGAAGAAGUUUUCCUGCAGCGAAUGCAGCAAAUGUUUCGGCAAAAGAUCUAAUCUGGUUAGACACCAAAGAAGUCACUCGGGCGAGAGACCGUUUUCAUGUGCAAUCUGCGGGAAAUGCUUUACAUGGCGAGACAAGCUGAUCUCCCAUCAGAGGUCUCACACGGGUUUCAAACCGUUCACGUGUCCAGUGUGCGGGAAGUGUUUUAGCCAAAGAGCCCAUCUCGUUUUGCACGAAAGGACUCACACGGGGGAGAAGCCAUUCUCCUGCAGCGAAUGCGGGAGGUGUUUUGCUGAAAGCUCAAACCUUACUAAACACCAGAGGACCCACUCGGGGCUGAAGCCAUAUUCGUGUUCGGAAUGCGGCAAAUGUUUUUCCAGCAAAUCCAAUCUGAUCGCGCACGAAAAUGUUCAUAAGGGGGACAAGCCGCUUUCCUGUUCCGAAUGCGGGAAAAGUUUUUCUCGCAAAUCAAAUCUUGUCGCGCAUGAAAAUGUUCAUAAGGGGACAACAAGCCAUAUUCGUGUUCCGAAUGCGGAAAAUGUUUUUUUCUCGGAAAUCGUAUCUGAUGAGACAUGA